AUGCCUGAAGCCGCUACCCAAGCAAAGAAGCCGGCAGCCUCCGCUGCUGCCGCCCCAGCCCCAAGAAAGGUUCGCUUCAAUGUGGGGACACAAUACCAAGUCCUCGAUGUCGUCGGAGAAGGCGCCUAUGGAAUCGUAUGUUCCGCCGUCCACCGCCCGAGCGGUCGCAAGGUUGCCAUUAAAAAAAUCGCCCCUUUCGAGCACUCGAUGUUCUGUCUUCGCACUCUGCGAGAAUUGAAGCUGCUCAAGUUCUUGUCGGAGGCCGGGGUCAGUGAAAACAUUAUAUCCAUCCUUGAUAUCAUCAAGCCUCCGUCCAUUGAGCAGUUCAAAGAGGUCUAUCUCAUCCAAGAACUGAUGGAAACCGACAUGCACCGUGUUAUCCGAACGCAAGACCUUUCCGACGACCAUGCCCAAUACUUCAUAUACCAAACUCUUCGUGCUCUCAAAGCACUCCAUUCCGCCGAUGUAAUUCACCGCGAUCUCAAACCAUCCAAUCUCCUCCUCAAUGCCAACUGCGACCUCAAGGUCUGCGACUUUGGGCUUGCCCGAUCGGUCAAGACUGCUGAGCCCUCUGGGACGGAAACCGGCUUUAUGACCGAAUACGUUGCUACACGUUGGUACCGGGCUCCGGAAAUCAUGCUCACAUUCAAACAAUAUACCAAGGCGAUCGAUGUGUGGUCUGUAGGCUGCAUUCUCGCCGAAAUGUUGUCGGGAAAACCACUCUUCCCUGGACGCGACUAUCACCACCAACUGACGCUUAUUCUGGACGUGCUCGGCACCCCUACCCUUGACGAGUUCUACGCGAUUACCACCCGCCGCUCCCGCGACUAUAUUCGUGCCCUUCCAUUCAGGAAACGCCGACCAUUCUCACAACUAUUCCCCAACGCGAACCCCCUGGCGAUCGACUUCCUCACAAAAACGCUGACCUUCGACCCGAAGAAGCGCAUAACAGUCGAAGAUGCGCUAGCCCAUCCUUACCUCGAGGCAUAUCACGAUCCAGAGGACGAGCCAGUGGCUCCCCCACUUGAUCCCGAGUUCUUCGAGUUUGACUUGCACAAAGACGACAUCAGCCGCGAGCAGCUGAAAGAGCUGCUAUACGAGGAAAUCAUGUCGUUCAACCCAGUGUCCAUGACAUGA